GAAACGUCAAACGUGAAUUACAAAGUUGUUGUUUCCUCUGAAUUUCUCAGAACUCUUCUUUGCUAAGGAAAAAUUAAAUAUCCAUCCAACUGUGUGAAUUAGAUAUUUUCUCUUAUCUCUUCUCUUUGUUCGAUCAAAAAUUCAAUUUUCCCGAGAUUUUUGUUUCUCUCGAUCGAUUCAACACCUAAAGAUUGAAGCUUUUGCUCGUGGGUUAUGUAAAGUUUCCACCUUUCGUCUUCUUUCUGAUCUGUGAGCAAAAAUGGGACAACAGCAAUCAAAAGGGGAAUUGCUGUAUCAGCAAGUUAGUUAUGGUAACUCUGAAGGAAUUCGAGCUCUUCAUCGAGAUGGUGGAGACCUUGAGUGGAUGGAUAGAGAAGGAAAAACUCCGUUGAUCUUGGCUUGUAUGAACUCCGAGCUAUUUGAUGUUGCUAAGACUUUGAUUGAGUUGGGUUCUAAUGUUAAUGCUUAUCGUCCUGGUCGUCAUGCUGGGACUCCUCUGCACCAUGCUGCAAAAAGAGGUCUUGAGAACACUGUUAAGUUACUUCUUUCUCACGGUGCGAAUCCACUUGUUCUUAAUGAUGAUUGUCAGACACCACUUGAGGUCGCUAGAGUCAAAGGGUUUAGCAAUGUUGUACGUGCAAUUGAGAAACACAUCUGCUUGUUCUCGGGUUGGAUGCGUGAAUUUUACGGCCCUACCUUUCUCGACUUAUUUGCUCCGCAGCUUCUUUCAAGAAGAGUAUGGGUAGUCAUUGUACCUACUGGUUCAAGAAACCCUACAAAGCCUUUCAAGUUGGAGCUGGUUGUGUAUGCUAGUCUGCAAGAUGCACAGCCACGCACAGUGAUGCCUUUGUGGAAAGCAAACUUGGAAGAACCAAAAGCGAAGCAGUCCGAUACUUCAGUGAUGAUCGUUGAUAACUCCACAAUCCCAAGCCGCAGGAUGAAGAAACGAAGGGUCUGCGCCUCCCACGGGAGACGUAGGCCUCAAGUAGUUAGGCAAACACGUCUUAAAUUCGCACCUUCGACUGAAGGUGACAGCCAACAGCUAAAGUGGUUUUGUGAUGCAUGUAAAGGGAUUCCACAGCCGAUGCAUCCACCGGUCUUCCUCCAAGCACCACCAUCUGCUCCACCACCACCAUCAGAAGAUGGACUAGCCAUGGGAAUGAACGCCUCACUUCACACUACUAUGAGUGACCCAUCAAAUCUCAAUCACCAUUCCAUCGGUCAAGCAAGUUCCUCAUCCGGUCCAAGCUCAUCAACUGCACCUCCCUCAGGAAAAGCAAGUGCCUUUGGAUUCAAUAGCCAUGGAAUUGGCAUUGUGCUAGAAUCUUCACCAUCAGCUCCUCCAUUGACAGAUGAUGAUAUAGCUACAGUAGACGAUGGUCCAAUUCAUUACCCAUCAAUCGAUUCAACACCAGUCGAUCUCCCAUCUGCUGCUUCUCUUCCAGCUUCAACAGAAGGUGAAAGGAAAGAAGACGGGAACACUGGAACGUGUGCGAUAUGUCUCGAUGCUCCAUCUGAAGCAGUCUGUGUCCCGUGUGGACAUGUCGCGGGAUGUAUGUCUUGCUUGAAGGAGAUCAAAUCCAAGAAUUGGGGAUGUCCCGUCUGUCGAGCCAAGAUCGAUCAGGUUAUUAAGCUGUACCGUGUCUGAAAACAGGUAUCAACAACAACAUGGGAUUAUCUAUAUCCUUCAUUGAACUAUUGAAACUAUAUCUCUCUAUUUACACAGCUAAAAUCAAUACCAUGUUUUCUUUUUAUCAAAAGCUAAAACAAUAUGUUUGUAAUUUGGAACUUGAUAAAAAACAGUUCCAGUAUUUUGUAUAUAUGUUUUUGGACAAAAGGAAGAAUGUAUCAAUGUAAAGUGUGGUAAUAUAUUCUGUAUACAAUAUGCUUAUUUAUAUUUGAAUUGAUAAUAUAUUUUGUAAUGAAUCGUGGAUUUGUUCCCAAAAGUAAGAACAGCAUAUUUAAUCAUUGUACGGAAAAAGUUGAAUGGGUUAAUAAACUGUUUGUGUUCUGAUA